AUGAGAGUGGAACUCUAUGGUUGUCAACAAGCAUGUCAACAAGCUCUAGGGAUGGAGAAUGGUGAUAUCCUGGACGAACAAAUCACUGCUUCUUCAGAAAAAGGUAGCAAUCAUGCCGCUCACCAAGGAAGAUUACACUUUAAAAAAGUUCAAGGUAUAUUUGGAGCUUGGACAGCUGAUAAUGACGAUCUUCACCAAUGGCUCCAAGUUGAUACUGGCAGUCCUUAUACUAAAGUAACACGUGUAGCAACACAAGGAAGGGAUGCGACCGGUACCAACCAGUGGGUGACCAGGUACAAACUGCAAUACGGGAUUAACGGCGUGCACUUCCGGUAUUACAGGGAGCAAGGACAAACCACAAACAAGGACUUUUCUGGAAACACGGACCAGAGUACUGUUGUUUCACAUGAACUAAACCCACCAAUCAGAGCACGCUACGUCCGUUUUCGACCAGAAACCUGGUACGGCCACAUCUCAAUGAGGGUAGAGCUCUAUGGAUGUCAAGGUAGUGCAAAAAGGCUUUCAUUUCGCACUCAUAUAAAUAAUGCUUUGUACAGUCUAAUCUAAAGAAAGGAAAAUGAAACAGAAAAUAUUAAGUGUUUUGAAGCAUAUGAAGAGGUCUUUGCCAUUCCCUUGUUACCAAAUAAAGAAAUGGUUGACGCCCCCAUCUCGUUAAUAAGCCAUUUAUGAGUUGCUUUAGCCUCUGUUUCAAACGAGUUUUGGUGCAUAUGGAAAUGAGAUUCUAUUGCACUUUCAUUGUCACGCGAAUCAAACUCAUUUCCACACUAAAGGUUGUGCGCCAGAACUCGUUUUAAAACAGGGAGAGAUGAGCAACUCGGAAAUAGCCUAUUUGAUCUCACUUCUCCCCGGCCCAAACUUCUGGUGGGAUGCUAGAAAAACCUCU